GGAGCCAGAAUUAUCGGGGGCGGCAGCGGCGGCAGCAGGAUAGACUGUGGCGGCGUCGCCGACAUCGGCCACAGGGGCGGCAACAUGUCCCUGUUGGCUGGGGGCCGGGGCCUGGGGGCCGUGUGGUCCCCGACGCACGUGCAGGUGACGGUGCUCCAGGCCCGGGGGCUGCGGGCCAAGGGCCCCGGCGGCACCAGCGACGCGUACGCGCUGAUCCAGGUGGGCAAGGAGAAGUACGCGACCUCGGUGUCGGAGCGCAGCCUGGGCGCGCCGGUGUGGCGGGAGGAGGCCACCUUCGAGCUGCCGCCGCUGGGGCUGCCCGCCGGACCCGGGAACACCGCCACCUUGCAGCUCACUGUGCUGCACCGCGCCCUGCUCGGCCUCGACAAGUUUCUCGGCCGAGCCGAAGUGGACCUUCGGGAGCUGCACCGAGACCAGGGCCGACGGAAAACCCAGUGGUAUACUCUGAAAUCAAAACCAGGGAAGAAGGAGAAAGAGAGAGGGGAGAUAGAAGUGGACAUCCAGUUUAUGAGAAACAACAUGACUGCCAGCAUGUUUGACUUGUCCGUGAAGGAUAAAUCCCGUAAUCCAUUUGGGAAACUGAAAGACAAAAUCAAAGGGAAGCGGCAGGAGGAACCUUCCGACACUGCCUCAGCCAUCAUCCCCAGCACCAUGCACACAAUAGAGAGUGAUGAUGACUCUCCCACAAAAGACAAGAAGAAGAAAUCAAAGAUUAAAACUUUAUUUUCUAGGUCUGGUUUGCAGAAAACGCCCCUUUCCCAGUCCAUGUCUGUGCUUCCCACAGCUAAGCCUGAGAAAUUGACGCUCCGCCCGGGAGACUUCCAAUCCCAAUGGGAAGAUGAUGUGGAGGAUGAAUCUUCUUCCCCCUCCGACAGCAUGUCUCACCGGAGAACAGCAAGUGCAGAUCUCAAGCAGCUAAGUCAGAUAAACUUUACCCUUCCUAAGAAAGAAGGAUUGUCCUUUUUUGGUGGCCUUCGGUCUAAGAAUGACCAACUCUCCCGAUCUAAUGUGUGUAUCAAUGGAAAUCACAUUUAUCUAGAACAGCCGGAGCCGAAAAAUGAGUCUGUGACAAAGGACAGCACUCCAUCUUCCUCCCCAUCUCCUCAAGGCUUUAGGAAAAAGCAUUUAUUUUCAUCUACAGAAAAUUUGUCUUCCAGACCUUCUAAGGAAUGGGGGGAGACAGGGAGGAUCUCUCCAGACCGGCGACUGUCUGGCUCUUUUGCAAAAGAUUCUUUUAAAUCUCUGACUUUGCCAUCUUACAAACCAGUUGUUAGUGGAGAUGUGAACGUGGCCCUUGUGAAUACAGAAACUGAGAAAGAAAGUAAGGAGAACAAAAAGCAGGAGAGCAAGAAGUCCUCUUUGCUCUCUCUGGUCACAGGAAAAAAAGAUUCUCUGAAGAACAACGAGACUGAGAGCAGCAAUCCUGGUGUCUUAGUGAAGGAGAAAGAAGUCACGCCUGUGGAAGCCAGAGCAAAGGAGAGAGAGGAAGGACUUGUUGAAAAUCCAGUGAAAGCUCUCGAUGAGAAGCCCGAAGACUUGUCAUCCUCUGUCUCUAGACAGAGCAAAUCUCCAAGCCCUACUGAGGAGGUGAACAGGAUGCAGUCUGGAGCAGAGCCUGGGCCUGAGCUUGAGCCUAAGCCCAGGCCACCUGCUCUUUCUGCAAGGGGGCCCCAAACCAAAGCUGUCAAGCCCAGAACUCAUCCUGUGAAACCAAUGAAUACAACAGCACCAAAGACCUUUCCCACUAGUUUGGGUACUGCUACCAUCAUCAAUGAGAACUUGCUUAAUGAGGCCAUUAUAAAGAAAUACAAGCCAUCUGAUCCUGAAUUCGCUUAUACUCAGUUAACCCACGACGAGCUGAUCCAGCUGGUUCUAAAACAGAAAGAAACUAUAAACAAGAAGGAGUUCCAGGUGCGUGAGCUGGAGGACUACAUAGACAACUUGCUUGUCAGAGUCAUGGAAGAGACCCCCAACAUCCUCCGCUGUCCAGCACAAUUAAAGAAUAAAGCAGGGAAGAUGUGAGUCAUGACAAUAAAAGAAUGAAAUGAUUUUUUGUGAGUUUUAUACCUCUUUUUGAGGUCAUGGACUUUCUGUGUGACACCUGGCAAGUAGGAUUGGAAUAGGAAUCGCCAGUUCACUCCCUCGUAAGUACUCUGGCAAAAGAGUAUCCACCGACUAAUUAUGACAGGGAAUCUCUUAAUAUAUAUUUCCAUAAUUUUAUUCAAGAUGCUUUCCCUUUAAGUUCAUCAUAAAAUAUUUUAUUCAUAUUAUGGGCAUAAUUACAAGAUUUGAUCAGAAGGCACAGAAAUCAUUCAUGCAUUUUUACUUCUAAGGUUUUCUAACUUUGAUGUUUGGAUUUCUUUCCUACCUUUCAAAGAUUGUGUCUGUGAGCCUUUACGGCACAGGAUAGACUCAUUUUCUUGAUAUUUAUUAGCUUGAGUGUAGCUUUCCUGGCCUUAGAUUCUAAAUUUUGAUACUUUUAUAUUUUUUGAUAUUGAUUCUUAGAUUUAACUCUAGUUGUUCAUUUACCCUUGGCAGGAACAUUUUUUAGGGACUACUUUUUUAAAGUGCCUGAAGAUUUGCUAAAUGAACACAAACUCCUGGUUUCAUAUGUUGUGCUUUGGCUAGGCCUAUAUGAUCUUUUUGCUGCAGGCCAUGAAAUUAAGAGAUAAAAUGAGGAAAGCUGAUAAUGCAGCUGCCGUUUACCAUCUUGCAUAUGGUCAGGGAGACUGUGAGAAUUACUGGUAUCUUGAUACCAGUUUUCCCCUGGGCAGGAAAAUUAUAGAAUUAUAGAAGGGAAAUUUGAGACAGGUUAAACCUUAAAGAGACAAUGGCAGGUUAAUUCCAAUUUAAAAAUCACAUUAGCUAUUAAGAACCGGGUUUAAAAUCUAGGACUUAAUUCAAAGUUCAGCAUUCCUUCCAUAACAUCACCUUGCAUAUUAGGAAUAUGUUGUUGAUCUGCAUAGCAUAUACAUCUUUUGUAAGGAUGUUUUCUAUGUGCUUCCUUUAACUAAUUCUCACAAGUUUCUUCAGUUUUAAGAGAACAGACUUUCAAUGGAGCAUGCCAUCCUAAGACAUGGGAAAUAUAGAGAAGUAUGAGGGGCUCUAGAGUAAGAGUGCUUUUUUGGCUCCACUUGAAGUGAAUCUGGCUCAUUUCUAAGAAAUUGAGGAAGUUACAGCCUUAACAUAUUUAGUAAAAAUUUUACAAAGUUUGGAGAAAUCAGAAAUGACCCAGAUUGUUAAUGCAACAUAAUCUAUCCAUGUACUUUAGUUUCCUGCUGCUGCUUUCUUUUGGUUCCAUACCAAGGGAAUAAAGAGGGGAGAAAAGUACAACAGGAAUCCUGAUAGGAAUUGGGAAAAGCAAGAAGAUGGCAUUCAUUUCUGCAUUUGCAUAAAUUUUCUUAUUUAAAAAAAUAUUUUUUAUAACUCAUGCACAAAACUAGGUUAUUUGUGCUCUUGUGAAUUUGUCAUUUGAUGCAUUGGGAUGCUUCUGUAUUGCACACUUUAGUUCUAAGUUGUUUUUGUGUUGAGAUAGAGACUGUGAACAUGCUUGACUUGUAAUUAAAGGAUAUUCAUUUGGGAAUAGA